AUGACCAAUGCUGCACCGCUUAUUAUGGAUGAGGUUCAGAUAGCAAUGUGGCAAGCACAGAUUCUACAGAGAAUCAGCAAUGGAAAUAUCGACUCUGACGAGCUACAGCAACCCGAUAUUCACGAAGCUAGAAACCAUGGUCUGAAGAGUGUUGUAGUUGUUGAUGGAGAUGGUGAGAUUUGUGGAAUUUGUCUUGAGGAGAUGGAGCAAGGUGACGAGACUAAGGCUAUGGAUUGUAUGCAUAGGUUUCAUCCUUCUUGUAUUGCCCAGUGGCUUAAGAGGGAGAAGAAUACUUGUCCUUUGUGCAGACACCAGAUGCGAAUCCACUGA